GGUAGUUGUCGUGCAGUGCGCGGGGGUUUGUCACUAUACAUUUACAUUGUUGGGGAUUUUCGCUCACAUUGGCCGGGUGUAUCAGCCAUGGGUGGAAGGGCCGAAAUCUCUCUUGUCCACAUCUUUUGGGAUUUUUGAACUCCACAACCGAAUUCCGGUGAAGUUCUCAGUCUCAGUGGAAUCGAGCAGCCAUGUCGGAGACUUGGGUUCAGUCAGGUUCCGGCUUGCACAGGGCCAUCACGGACCAGAGGAUACGCCAAGUGCGGCUGCUGGUCGGCUUAGGCAUGGACGUGGACAAGAGGGACUCAGCUGGGCGCACUCCCAUCAUGGUUGCCUGCUCCCUGGACUCCGAGGAGCUGAGCCUGAAAGUCAUCCGGCUCUGCCUCAAGAAGGGGGCUGACAUCAACCGGGUGGACUCGGCCGGGCGGUCGGUGCUGUCCCACGCCUGCAUGCAUGGCCGGGAAGCCAUCGUGGCGUUCCUGCUUGAGGAGGACAGCCUAGAGAAGAACCUGCCGGACCAGAACGGCGACACCCCACUGAACCUGGCCGCGGCCAGGGGGGAGCUGGGCUGCUUGGAGCUUCUCGUUCGGAGCCUGACCAAGGACGGCAUCCCCGUGGACUACCGCAAUAAGCAGGGCUGCACUGCGCUCCUGCUGGCCACCAAGGGGGGCCACUACCGGUGCGCCCAGGUGCUCCUCCAGCAGGGCCGGUCCUCAGUGAACUCCAGAGACAACGAGUGCUUCAUGAACCCGACUGAGUGGGCGCGGCACAGCCAGAAGCUCCUGGAGCGGGACCUGCAGCAGAGGACCCGGGCACACCAGUCUAGCCUGGGAGCCGCGUCGACCGGGGCGUCGCUGCUCGGUAACCACCACAGAGUGGCCAAGCCAUUCCUGCCUCCAAUCGGCAUCAAGAAGUGGUACGAGGAGGAAGAGCUGCUCACCAGGCAGCGCCAGAUACAGGAGUCCAUGAAUGCUCUCGUGCAGAGUCUCGAAGAGCGCGAGAAAGAGCUGAGAGAUCAAGGAGCUGACAACCAGAAGCCACCGCCCACCGCCAAGCCCUCCUCCUUUGCUUCCACCGUGGUCUUCCCCGACGGCCCGACAAAAGACCACUACCUGUGCGCCUUGUUCAGGCUGUACCAGGAUCAGCUCUUACAACGGCCGACUAGACUGACCUCAAGGCCCACCACCGUCCCCGGGGCGGGGACGGACCCGUCCACAGACGGGCAUCUUGGGGCAGGAGACACAAGGAGGCUGUCGGUAAUCUCUGCCAACCCCAAGCGGCCCUUGCUGAGAAGGCAGAUGAGCACCCUGGCUAUUGGAGGUUUCAUGAAGACAAAACUCACCUUGACGGUCAACUGAGCUUCCAAAAGAGCAUCCGUUCAGCCUGGUUGGUAACAUGCAAUCGCGAAAAUAGAUGUAAUACAGCCAAAGGAUAGGCCUAGAUGCCAAUAUUGGACAGGGUAUUGCAGAAAAGGGGGAAAUCAACAAAAACUCUGCCCAUCUAACAAUUGACUUUUGAACUGUUUGAAUCGUAUGAAAUGCAACUUAGGAUUUAUAGCAAACUGUCUGAAAUUGUACAGUUAUGCUAAGUAGAAAAUGUUCAUGCCCCAGGGGAUACAAGUGGACACAAUUAUCGAAUCAAAGUUCUGCAAAGCCUUCAGCACCAGGAGGAAUUCUCGAAUUUUUUAUUUUUGACUAAAUGUGUGAAAUUUAAGCCCUAUUUUACUUCGCAAAUGAUACGAGGCACUCUCCAUUUUGUAUUAGGUGUUUGUGUGCGCUACUGAAUAGCCACACACACUACCAUUUGGGGAAUCCUGAAGACAUACCCAUUUGGAAAGACAGAAAUUGACGGAAUAGAAGUUUCGUGAUGCACCAAAAAAAAACACAUUUAAGUACUGUAAAGUUGGCACCUCCACAAUACCAAUAGGUAACAGUUCACAGAUUUUGUAUCACAGACAGCACGUAAACCAUAGCGAUUGUUCAGUCAUCGGUGUUGAGGUCAUUACACGUUGAAAAAGCACGACAAUCAGUUGAUUUCUUAACGAUUUUAUAAUGUGUUCAACCAAUUGCAUCCGUCUUGUUUGACAGUAACCGUUGCAGUUUAAGAAGACACUCACUUUGUUAAAGUUUGUGGUGUGCUGUUUGAAAGUAAGAAUCGAUUUUAAUCAAUGUCUCUGUGAAACUUACAGUCAGAAGAUUGUCGUUGUAUGCUGUUCAGAUGGCUAUUAAAUGUGUAGAUCAGUAA